UUCAAAACGAAAAUGCAAACCAAAAGAAAAGGGCACGCAAGCAGAAACGAAUGACGAAAGUUCGAGGAAGUGUCGCAGUUUGGUAAAAAUAUUACAAAACACAUCCAUUAUUUUCCCAUUUUGUGAAAAUUUGGAUUCUUUUGCGUUCAAUAAGUGACAUAAAAGCGAAGCUAAGCAUCUGCUGUAACUUCGCAAAGUGAAAUUCUGAGUUCGUUUAUUUUAUUCAGCAGGUAAACAAGAGCGUCCGGGAAAAUGGCGUCAACACAAAGCGUAAAUGCCGAAGCGAUAGCAAAUUCUAUCGCAACCAUCAACAGCAGUCCGGCCCAGGACGGAGACGAACGGUACUGCUGGGUUUGCUUCGCCACCGACGAGGACGACAAAUUGGCUCCGUGGGUUCAGCCUUGCAACUGCCGUGGAGCGACCAAAUGGGUCCACCAGAGCUGCCUGCAGCGCUGGGUCGACGAGAAGCAGAAGGGCAACACAUUCAAACGGGUCAGCUGUCCGCAGUGCCAGAGCGAGUACAUCAUUGUACUGCCCUCGAUGGGGGCACUGGCAAACGUACUGGAGGGGAUCGAUACGUUGAUCAAACGGGUAAGCCCGUUCCUGACGGCCGGGGUGAUUGUGGGGUCGAUCUACUGGACGGCGGUUACCUACGGAGCGGUUACGGUUCUGCAGACUGUCGGGUACGACGAGGGACUGGCACUGAUGCAGCGGGCCGAACCGAUCGUUUUGCUGAUUGGGCUGCCAAUGGUUCCGGUAGGACUAAUUUUAGGUCGAAUGAUACGUUGGGAGGAGUUUGUGCUGCGGUUUCUGCAGACCAAAUCGUUUAGCGUUCGAAAGUUCCCGAUGUUGAGCUUACUGUUGCCAAUUUCAAACAUCGAAGACGACCCCCUUUACAGCGGGUCGCUGUCCGGCGGUGGCAGUAGAAGUAGUGGUGACGGCGGAACACCGCCCGCCCAGAAUCAACUUUCACCGGGAACUGUGGUGAGUGCAGAUCCGUUGUCUGCCACCCGUGUCCUGUGUGGUGCCCUGCUGCUUCCCACCGUUUCCUCGAUCGUGGGUCGAGUGUUCUUCGAUUCCAUUCGGAACAACUUCCAACGGGUGCUGGUCGGCGGGUUCGCCUUUGUGGUGGCGAAAGGUGUUCUUAAAAUCUAUUUCAAACAAAAGCAGUACAAUAGGAAAAAACAACGCCGCAUCCUGGAUUACACAGAGGAGAACAAGCAGAAGUACCUCGCAGGGAGCUCCCAACAUCCGGUCGGGCAUGGUCAAGCCGGGCAUCGGCACGGACCGUAGAGGAAACGUGUUAUAUUUUUUAGAUAUUUUUCCUUCAUCUUUAAUGUCCGUUCCGUGGCUGAUAGAAUUCUAUCUAGGAUAUCACUUUUAUAAACUGUUGUGUAGCCAGCGAUACGAUACUCUAGAUGGAUCAUUUUCCUAUGUCUAAACUACUGAGAAGACUAGAUAAAGAAUGUUAUCUAUGUAAAA